AUGCAAUCACACAAAGAGCGGCGUUUACCGAGUGUUUCCGUUCGGAGUGGGAAAAGGCUUCCUUGUGUACUGUGACAUGGUGACGCAGGGAGGUGGAUGGCUGGUGUUCCAAAGACGACAAGACGGCUCUGUUGACUUCUAUCGUAACUGGCAGAAUUAUACGGAUGGGUUUGGUAACCUCUACGGGGAGUUCUGGUUGGGCCUGAAGAAGAUUCACCUCCUGACCUCUCAAGCGCACUUUGAACUCCUGGUGAAUAUGAAAAGGUACACCAAUGGAACGGGUUACGCUUCCUACAGCAGAUUUCGUGUGGCCGACGAGACUCAAAACUUCCGACUCUUACUGGGCACGUUCAAGGGGAAUGCCGGUGACUCCUUGGCUUGGCACAACGGCUUGGAGUUUUCCACAUAUGACCGAGACAAGGACUACAACAAGGUGAACUGUGCUGCCUCAUACCAUGGGGCCUGGUGGUACCAUGGUUGUCAUAACAGCAAUCUCAAUGGGCUAUAUGUUCAUGUGAAGGAGAAAUCCCAGGAAAAUACUUCAUCAGUCACGUGGUACCAUUGGUCGUCUAAAUAUCUCCCUCUUCAGUUCAGCGAGUUGAAAAUACGCCCGGUCAAUAUCCACUAA